AUGCCUACAUAUCCUUCAGGAACAAUACUGCCAUCCAUCGAACUGGGCUCAGUCAAAUAUGAUGGACUUUCUAUAUCAUCGGCUGCGUUUUCAUCAACUAUUUGGCUGUUUUCCUGUAGCAGCGUGCUAUCAUCGACAGGAUUUUCAAUGAUAAGAGGAGGGACGACGAGAUCAACCACCUGA